AGAUCUGUUUACAAACCCAAGGCAGAACAGAGCAGAGUGCAGGAGGCGUCGGGAGGGAAAAGGCAGACUGCAGGCUCACUGUAAAAACAUUGUGGACUGAAAGAGGAAGAGAAAGAGAGUGCCAUGACAAAGCCAGCUGGAGGUGCGAGAGACUGACUGCUACAGAUACACUCUUUGCUGACACACGCCGCCUUUGUCUAUUUUUUUUUUCGUCUGAAAAAGCAGAUGGUCGGAGGAUGAGGAUCCACCUUCCCGUACAAACACACACAAACACCAGUUAUGAGUGAGAAACCAACACACUCAUCGGCAAAAACAGCAAUGCCAGCUUUGGGGCUGUCGUAUGGCGCUUUCCUCACUUUGUUUGGCCUUUGAGCGGAGCACAUCGUUGACGUCUACACUGAGGUGGAAUACCCUCUGCAACAUCAGUGGACUGGAGGAGGAGACAGCAGAGGACACGAGAGCUGAGAAAAUCCUCUGUUAAAAAAGCAGCUUUAGAGGGAGAAGACAAAGCAGACUAAAGCCAGAUUAUUACCUUCAUUGAUCGACAAAUGCCAUUGUGAUCGGUGGAUGACAUUGGAGACAAUCCUGCAGACGAAAAACACAAGUCAAAGAGGGUCUUUCUCUGCUUUGAGUGUAAACAUUGGCCGUGCUGUUGAUGAUGUUAUGACUGCGCAUGAUUCACAUUUUGACAACAACUUAACCCACGGUAUGAGGCAAGUGACAGUCCAAGCUACACAGCAAGAUUUCUUUGUCUUCUCUGAUGACAUCAGUCAUACUGGCAUCCCAGAGCACAUGAGGUUUUUAGACGUUGUCCAAACUCUUGUCCCAAAUAUCCCAUUCUUAGCACGGAGUGGUUAAUCCAGAUUUGGGAAUGCUGGGCCGCACAGACUGCUGAGCCAACAAAACCACACCUCUCAAGGAUUUAUGGAAAUCUGAGCAAAUCUGAAAAACUUAAGGCUUGUAUUUUGGAGGAGCUCAGCACACAGUGACUGAUCCCAGGCACCAACCACAAGUCCAAGAGUUUGGCCUCCAUUCAGGCUCAGCAUUCUUCUUAAAGGGUCUGAAUAUAUUGCUGCUGCCCCAGGAAUCAAAUUUCAUGCAACCAUUCCAAUGGUGUAACGGAUGCCUGUGCAGUUUGAAUUCUCUGAGCUCUGAAAACGACUGCAGCAUGACGUCUGACAUGUAUCACCUGCCACUCAAUGUGUAUGUCAUUGUGCUGGGCAUUGGCCUCUUCGUCUUCAUGCUCAGUCUCAUCUUCUGCUGCUACCUUUUCAGGUUGAAACAACAAGGAACGAGGGAGCAGUUCAGCUACAACGAGGUGGUGCUGAAGGGAGCAAGUAAGAAACUCAGCCUUCUUGGACAAACCUGUGCAGUGUGUCUGGAAGAAUUCAGGACCAGAGACGAACUUGGAGUGUGCCCAUGCUCACAUGCAUUUCACAAGAAGUGCCUGCUAAAGUGGCUGGAGAUCCGCAGCGUGUGCCCAAUGUGCAACAAACCCAUCUUGCGACUCCACACAGAUCCCCCGCAGGGUGCCGAGGGUCCUAUGGAGCCAGAGGAGGUGUGAGGCUGGGAGAAAUGAAACCAGACUUCUCUUACAAAGAACACAACCAUUUAAAUACAACUAGAGAUGAUCAUCUCACAGGCAAUGCCGUUUAUGAUCCCAAGUGGCUGUGUUGCCGCUGACCUUUGAGCAAUAUUCUUAGGUGGGACUUGGAUAUUGACAGGAGAUUGGGAAAGGGGAGGGGGGGGGGGGGGGGAGGCUGUAUAAAUGAGACAUUUCUAUUACAUUGGUCUGCUCAGCAACAACCCGACUGGGCACAGUAUAACAACUGGAGCAGUACUUAUACCUCUACCAUCUCAGGGGUGUUACCAAUCCAGCCAGCACAAACCACGUCAGUCACACCGUAACCCACACAUGCAUAUUACAAUCAAUUCUGCCACUGUGUAGGUGAAAAACUCAAGCAGUCACGAGGUAGCCACGCCCUCUGGAUGACAUCACGACCAGCAUAAAGGAUAUAAGUAGGCCGUUUUUUCAGAUGUGUACCAGGAACGUUCCUUUGAAAAGAGGAUAGAAACUAGCGUGUAUGUACUGUACGUAAAUGUUUCCCAAUAUAUAUUGUUAUUUUGUAUUUGUUGCUUUUAAAUAAAAUGUCAUGUAAUGUAUUGUAA